AUGGUGGGCCGAGACGAAGACGAGGUCAAUAUGGAAGAAGGCGUCGAGGAAUUUCUUCAGGAACCUGGAGUGAGUUCAGAUGAAUUCGCCUUCCCACUUGAAAUGAUAAGUAAGGAAUUGAAGAGGAUAGGCGGUCUUUUGAAACAAGUACCACGGGUCGUAAACGAGGAG